AUGUCAGCAGUAAAAAUGAAGAUUCCAGAAGACAAUAUUACAACGUAUCUGACAAUGAGAAGUCACUUUAAAAAGAUAUAUGAUGUAAGGCCUAGAGUAAACUGUUGGUCAGAAGCUUGCCCAAGUAAAAGAUUAUUAAAAAAUACUAUCAAUAUUCGUGAUUUUCAAGUUCUACCACAUUAUUGUAAUUCAACAAUUAGUUCUACAGCAAAAAAAUCAAAACAUCAAAAAUAUGAUACUAAUAAGUUAUCUCAUUCACCAUCUAGUAAAAAGAAAUCCAUAAAUAGAAACUUAAAUUAUGAAUGCGCAGAUAAUGAUGAAGAUUUCGGGUUUGAAUCAGUUGAAAAUAGCAAUCGAAGAUAUUAUUCUGCCGGAACCCACCAACCCCACCUUGCAGAAAACGCAUCUAAGACAUUAAGCAGCCAGCAACUUUCGUUACAUUCAGAAAAUCCGAAAGAAACAACCAAAAAAAAAGGUAAGUUUUUUCAAAAUACAAUGGAUGAAUCAUACCAACGAUUUCUUGAAGAAAUGACAAACGAAGUAGUAAGACUUGACUUGUCAACAGAUAAAGCAUUGAAAAAUGUUUUUCGUAAACAUAUAAAACACAAUAUUGGAAAGCUUGAUGAGAAAAAAAUGAUGGCAGAAGUGAUGAAGGUGCAAGCAUUAUUGGAUUUACCGUUAGACAAUGAUGAUCGAUAUUCUGGAAUUGAUGACAUGCCCACAUCUACAACAAACAAUGCAACUAAUGAACAUGAUUUGCCCGCAUUAAAAUCGCCAAAAUAG